CUUCUUUUUCAAGCCUGGCAGUGCCUGUGAGAGUGUGAGCCUGUGAUGAUCUCGGACCCCCCUCUCUCCUCUUCUCCUCUCAUCGUCCUGUACUCUUCAACUCUCCGACUCCCCAAGCCACCCCCUCCAAGCCCCUCGUCCGUUCUUCGUUCGGUUACCUCCCAUUUCAAUCUCUCCCUCUCUCUCCAGGCAUUUUUCCUUCUCUGCCACUUCCUCCUUUCUCCCAGCAUCUAUCAGCCCACCAUUCCUCAGCUUGCUGCUGCCUUACCCACAAACAUCAACCUCAAUCCCGUUAAUCGGUUCUCGUAGACAUACGCCUCAGAGUACAACCAACCGGCCUCUCUCACCAAACAAACCCGCCAACACCCAAGCAAUUCGCUCGCCGAACAAAAGCUUCUUUCCACCACGGACCAAGUGCCAAGACUCUCUUGUGAUCCUUCCGCCGCAGAGACAUUAUUGGACCCGGCUCAGCCCAGCAAGGCCAAGGUGGCUGACAAGGUGCCCCUCCGAAAGUGAUCGACGGACAAGAGUCCAUUCUGCGUCUGGCAAAGCCCCGUCUUGGCAACGGCCACGACAUGCUGCAGGGAUUGGGUUGGUCCUGAAAGAAUCUGCCGCUAUCUGCCCUGCCAUAUCUACCUAUCUCUCUAUCUCUCUCCAUCUGUCUGGCUGUCCCCCGUCGCCUGUUCCGCCGCCUCUCUUAAUCUCAGAUCUCGCCAAUCCAACCAACGUGACCGGGGUUCGUCCUACGCCUCUCUGGCCAGUCACUCGCUGGCAUCCGACGCUACGACUUUUGUGUACCCAAGAAAGAUAUUCCCGUCGGCGUCGCAGCACUCUCCUCCGCGGAGAUGUCAACCGCGGGUCAACAAGGACCCAACGGGCACCCACAAUCCCCAGAUGGCGGCCCGUUAGACCCAGUCUCACUCGCCGCCCUCCCCACGACGACGGCGCCUCCGACGCAACCCACUGCCGUUCCGUCGCCGCUGCCGACGACGACUGCCGACACGGGUGGAAACGCCGUCGGCCAUGUUGUGAACGGGACUGGCAAUCCGUCAAUCAACGGCCACCUCACCAACGGUACUUCGGAUGUGCCGGAAACCAGCGGCCACACGGUAAAUGGCUCAGCCCCAAACGAUAACCCGCCCUCCGAUGGCGCUAUUUCCAGGAACCAAGUCGCCGAUGGCGCCGUCCCAUCAUCAUCAUUAUCAUCAUCAUCAAGAUCAAAUGGUGGGCCAUCAACCAACGGGGAUGACGUGCCGCAGGUCAAAGAGGGAGCUCUCGAGAACAAGAUCGAGGGCGUUCAGAACCCGGAAGCUAACGGUCACAAGCCACCCGACCAGGAGCCGCACCACCAUUCUAGCGAUCUCAAGGGCUUGUAUGCCGAGGGUAAGGAAAAAGUCAAGGACAAGACGAAGCCCUCGGGCGGCUUCGACACAACGCCACUGCCCGACGCGCCUCCGGGCUACACCGUGAGGUUCAUUUUCCACAGGGCAAGCAACCUCCCCGCCGCCGACAUCGGAACGAGGUCAUCCGACCCCUUCAUUCAUGUUACUCUCAGGGCGGCCGUGCCGAAGCGACACAAGGAGGACCCCGAUCUCGUACACCGCACCGAGACCAAAAGGCGCACGACGGAACCCGUGUGGAACGAUGAGUGGGUUGUGGCCAACAUUCCGGCGGCCGGCUUCAUUCUCAAGUGCCGGCUGUACGAUGAGGACUGGCCCGACCAUGACGACCGCCUCGGCAACGUCACCGUCAAAGUCCCCUACGUCGGCGAGGACUGGGAAGGCUUCCCGCAGCCAGGCCACGAGUUCGUGGCCAAGAAACGCAUGGGCAGCAAACGGGCCUACUUCGUCAAGGCCAUCACGAGCCAUUUUGACCCGCGCACCGACAUGUCGCCGAGGUUGUGGAUUAGCAUGGAGGUCUUGGGCAAGUCGGACCCGCCGUAUGCCCAGAUGUGCACCAUCGGGCCUACCUCGUACUUCAAGCACUUUAGCCCCAUGAUCGGACGUCUCACUGGAAUCAAGGUCAACCGGGACGAAGAGGCCGACGCCCGUUCGGAUCUGUUUGACGAAUCCCAGGAUAAGGAGAAGGACGGCAAGAAGACACAAAAAUAUGAUUUUCAAUCCAACGAGAUGCAGCUGUCAGGCCCGGUGCCUCCCGAGCUGUACCAUCGCUAUGUCGAGUUCCGCCCGAUGAUCGGCCUGAUGUUCGCCAAGAGCGGCUUGAGGGGCAGGAUCCUCAACAAGGCGCUGCACAAGCAGCACAGCAGAGUCUAUAACUUUGACAGCUCGACCCAGUACGGCGUCUUCAAGGCCCGCUCGGAAGAAGCCGCUCUGCAGUUCCUCAAGCUGGUGCACUUUGACGAGGGGGGCCGCAUUUUCACUUACGUGCUCACCCUCGACGGCGUCUUCCGCUUCACCGAGACCGGCAAAGAGUUCAGCAUCGACAUGCUGAGCAAGCACACCAUGCACAGCGACGUCGAGACCUACAUCGCAUGCUCGGGCGAGUUCUUCGUUCGCCGCCUCGAGAAGCCUGACGCCUCGGACGACCCGGAACCGGACCAGAGAACCCACCCGACCGACGAGCUCUCCGGCGGCCCCCCGAACGGCCACCCGCCGCACAACCCGUCCUAUUACCAGCUCUUCAUCGACAACGACUCCGGCACUUAUCGGCCCGACAAGUCCAUUCUCCCCAAGUUGAAGGGGUUCCUGCAGGCCAACUUCCCCGGGCUGGGCGUCGUCACCAUGCACUGCGAGGACGAGGAGCUCCAGAAGCUCAAGAAGGAGCAGGUCGAAGCCAAGAAGAAGGAGGGCCGCAUGGUCAACAUGGUGCUCGCCCGUAGCCCCAGCUCGAGCUCGCUGAGCUCGACUGAGAGCGCUCUGCAACACAUGGACGAAGCCGGCGAGGACGGUCCACCGGUGAAGAGUACUACGCAGAAAGCGCUGGACGUGCUCGAGGACCCGAGCGCCCUGAAGAAGAUGCUGAAGCCGGGCCAUCACGGACAUGCACAUGCACACACCACGGGGGGAGGCGAGAGUUCGACGGCACACUAGUUACUGCCAUGGCUGGCUUCACCUCCCCCCCUUUUCUGCCAUUUCCCCUCUCUUUGUUUUCCUUUUUCUCUUCUACUUCUUCACCUCUGCGUAUCUUGAUACCUCUUGCAUAUUUGAACUGUUUUCUGGAGGCACGGGCUUUCUUGCAUUUUACGUUGAUAUCCCGUUGGAAGCUGUGGUACUGCUGUUGAGACCAAAGCGCAGGAAAGGCGGCAGGGUCGACCAUAAUAUAUUUGCUCACUAAAAAACUGCACGAGAUGUAAAGACUGGCUUGAGGAAUAAACCCCGACACGUGAGACCGUCUCCCGGAAACGUCAAAGUGGCGUAACUG